CUAGAAAUGGACUUAUUUCAACAAGGUGAUUAUGAAAUAGAAGAGAUGCUCGGACUAGGACAGACCUUUAAGGGGGUGUGGGAAACUGAAGAGGGAUAUGAGGAAGAGAUUUGAGGAGGCCAGGAGGAAAUGGAGAAGGAAGAGGGAAGAGUAUGGUUGGCAGGAGUGGAAAAGGAUGAAUGGAACUGUAAUGAGCAAGAGGAGAGCUCGCUUUUUGAAAAUAGAGACUUGGUGAAUGCUGAGGAGAAAGAAUUUAGUGAUUUUGACUUUAAUAAAAAUUUUGAUCUUAAAGAAGCUCCAAAGCAAAAAGAGGAUAUUUCUAAAUCAGUCAACUCAAAUCUCCAAAAAUUAAGAAGUAAAUUAAAGCUGAAGUGUCCAGAAAAGAUCCCUUUGUCGACUAGCUCAUCACCAAGAGCAAUGAAGAAGAAAAAUUAUGCAAUGAUGGUUGAUUGCCUUCUAGGCUCUUCUCUGAGAAGUUCUGGAGUCACGGAACUGUCUCUUCGGAAAGACGUAAUUCAUAAAAGAAUCUUGAGAGGGUUUAAGAAAUGUAUUGUCAAGCUGUUUGAUUCAAUUAGAAUAAGACCUUGCAGACUUAAGAACAGAGACACCUCAUUCAAACAAGAAAUGAUCCACGAAGCCAAAAGGCUUAAUAUUAUUAACUCAGAACAAGGUGAACAAAUAGGAGACUUCAACGAGUUCCUUUGCUGGAUGGCCAUGAGCAAAAACACCAAGAAGACCAAGUCUCUCUUCGACUUUAAUAAUAUGUCGAUAUUGCUAAUGGAUGAGAUCCUCACAAAAUACUCACACAGCAAACUUGGAGGUCUCUACGGUGACUCAAACAUAGGAAUGUUAUUCCAUUACUUCAUAAGUAAUGGACUUGAAGACUUCUUGGAUGCAUGUCCAAGUGAUAAGAGAGAUCUCUACCAAAAAUGUGCUCAAAAGAUCUAUUAUAAUUUCCGUAAUUAUUACUAAUAACCACUUAUGAUAAACCUAAAC